AUGGAUUUUAUUAGUGGGGCAACAAAUCCUCGUUUCCAACCAUUUAACUCCUCAAUCGAGCACCCAAAAAUUGCAGAGAAAAUCCAGCUUAAAGAUGAGUUUAGGAUCAUGACGCUUCCAAACGGUGUAGAAAUCAAGUUCGAGGAAAUUAUCGGCCUCGCUGGAGAUUUGUGUGGAUCGCCUGAAAACCCAAUUAUCGAUCCUUUUAAAGAAGAGGAAGACUUUAACCGUAAACAGCGGUUUCGAGAUGCCUACGUCACACAAGCACGGGCACCAAAGGAUGAAUUACAGAAAGAGCUGGACAGGCUGUUGGCAUUCUUCAAGAAAGAAAGAGUCCUUGAUUCAGAGACAUCCGACGAAAUCACAGGUGGCAUCUGGCCCCUCGGAUUCCAAUAA